AUGUCAUUCCGCAGCAUAGCUCGGGACCUAAGGGACAGUUUUGGGAGCUUAUCAAGGCGGAGUUUUGAUGUGAGGCUGCCAGGCCAUCACAGAGGGAAAUCACAGGGUGCAGUCCAUGAGUUGCAUUACCACCCUGUGGUCAUCCAGAACAGCUGUUGGGCUAGUCUUCCACCUGAGCUGCUCCGUGAUGUGAUCAACAGGCUGGAGACCAGUGAGACUGCAUGGCCUGCUCGCAGGCAUGUUGUUGCCUGUGCUGGUGUUUGUCGGUCAUGGAGGGAAAUGUGCAAGGAAAUUGUAAAAAACCCUGAGUUGUCUGGGAAGAUUACCUUUCCAGUCUCCCUGAAGCAGCCAGGGCCUCGGAAUGGAACUAUUCAAUGCUUUAUAAAGAGAGACAAAGCUACUUUAACUUACCAUCUUUUCCUUUGCCUUAGUCCUGCAUUGCUUGUUGAAAACGGUAAAUUCCUUCUUUCUGCGAAACGCAUUCGAAGAACAACUUGUACAGAGUAUGUGAUCUCGAUGGAUGCAGAUAACAUAUCAAAGUCAAGUAGCACUUAUAUUGGAAAACUGAGGUCAAAUUUCCUUGGCUCAAAGUUCCUAAUUUAUGAUACACAACCUCCUUGCAACAGUGCUUAUCUUUCCCCUCCUGGUCGUACAAGUCGUAGAUUCUACUCUAAAAAAGUUUCUCCAAAAGUUCCUACUGGAAGCUACAAUAUUGCCCAAGUCACAUAUGAGCUAAAUGUGCUGGGCACAAGAGGGCCACGCAAGAUGAACUGCAUUAUGCACUCAAUUCCCACCUCAGCCCUUGAGCCAGGUGGUUCUGUCCCCGGCCAGCCCGAGCUCCUUCCCCCGUCUCUUGAAGAUUCAUUCAGGAGUAUGUCAUUCUCAAAAUCAAUUGACAACUCGACUGAGUUCAGUAGCUCCCGUUUUUCUGACAUUGUUGGCCCACGUGAUGAGGAUGACGAGGGAAAGGAUAGACCUUUGGUGCUUCGAAACAAGGCUCCAAGAUGGCAUGAACAGUUGCAGUGCUGGUGCCUUAAUUUCCGUGGGAGGGUAACAGUAGCAUCUGUAAAAAAUUUCCAACUCAUUGCUGCCACACAGCCUGCUGCUGGCGCACCCACACCAGCACAACCUGCCCAAUCUGAUCAUGACAAGAUUAUUUUGCAGUUUGGCAAGGUUGGCAAGGAUUUGUUUACCAUGGAUUAUCGCUAUCCUUUAUCUGCAUUUCAGUCUUUUGCCAUCUGUUUGAGUAGCUUUGAUACAAAAUUGGCAUGUGAAUAG